AUGGAGUCCUACAAUGCAGAGACUAUGGAGAGCCAAAACAAGGUCCAACCUUCACAGCAACCAGGCAAAGGCACUACCUUCUUCAGAACUUGCUUCAAUGGACUCAAUGCCUUAUCGGACCCUCUCAUCAAAACCUAUCCCGAUAUUGGUCAGCUGGCCUUUGGGAGCAAGGGAAGAGUCAUGAUAUCUACUUUCAUGUACCUUGAGCUAUACUUGGUUGCAGUAGAAUUUCUCAUAUUAGAAGGUGAUAAUCUACAUAAGCUCUUUCCCAAUGCAUAUUUACAUAUUGGUGGCCACACAAUUGGAGGAAAGCAAGCCUUUGUUUUGCUCACUGCCCUUAUGAUUUUGCCUACAACUUGGUUAAGGAGUUUGGGUUUGCUUGCUUAUGUAUCUGCUGGUGGGGUACUGGCUUCUAUUGUUCUGGUUUGUUCUGUUUUUUGGGCUGGUGCAGUUGAUGGUGUGGGGUUUCAUGAGAGAGGAAUGCUUUGGAAAUGGAGUGGACUUCCAACAGCAGUAAGCUUAUUCACAGUCUGUUAUGGUGGCCAUGCAGUUUUCCCAACGCUAUGCACUUCCAUGAAAGAUAGAAGUCAAUUCCCCAAGGUUUUACUUGUCUGCUUUGUUCUGAGCACCAUCAGUUAUGCAUCAAUGGCGGUUCUAGGCUACCUGAUGUUUGGAGAAAAUUUGAUGUCUCAAGUGACUUUAAAUCUUCCCACUAGAAACAUAAGUUCAAAAAUUGCUAUUUACACAACAUUGAUCAACCCCAUCACCAAGUAUGCCAUAAUUGUUUCUCCAAUAGCAACAGCUGUUGAGGACUCAUAUCCUUUCCGGAACAGCAGAGCCCUUAGCAUCCUCAUCAGAUCAGUUCUGGUGAUCAGCACUGCUGUUGUGGCAUUAAGUGUUCCAUUUUUCGGCUGUGUGAUGGCAUUUAUUGGUGCAUUUUUGAGUACCAGUGUCUCAAUGUUGUUCCCCUGCUUAUGCUACCUGAAGAUCAACAAAGCUGCUCGAAGUUUUGGCCCCGAAUUGAUGCUGAUUACGAUAAUUAUGGUGAUGGGUUCGCUUGUAGCUGUUGUGGGUACCUAUAGUUCACUGAAAGAAAUUGUAAAGCACAUCCAACCACAAUAA